AUGGACCAGCAGUACCACGAAGAGGAGCGCAAGCGCCUGCAGUACUACUGGGCCGAAAGAGACAGAAUGGCUGGUGCUUACCAGUACGUCCCGCCCGAGGAAGCGUACCCGGCCGAAGCUCUGGCGGACCACAACGAGAUCGAGGAUCCCCGUCUUCACGACAACUACCACGAGGCUGCUCAAGGCGCCCACGAGGAUCCGUUCUAUAUCGAGCCCCUGGACCAGAAUGUCAUGCCUCCCCAGCAAGCCGAGAACGCUUUCGUUGGACCGGCCGCUCAGCAGGGCCAAAACGACGCCUCCCAAGCCGAGCUCUACCCUCCGAUCGACCCCGAGCUCGGAAACCACGCCAUGAACGCCAUGAACGCCUUUCAGCCAGCCGGACACCCUCUCAGCGAGCCUCACGUUGCUCCCGCAGUCGACCCCGCGCAUCCGAACUUCAUCGAUCCUCCUCCCAAUUACAUCUACGAUGUUCGAGCUAUUGCUAUGAACAUGCAGCCAGGUCACGCCGGCCAGAUCCGCAACUUGCUCCAGGAUGGCUUCAACAACGCGUACCCUGACUUGGGCCCGGUCCCUGCACCCUUCGCCGACUUUGGCGAUCCCGCGAUGUUCCUUCAAGAGCACGAGCAAUGGCAGCGAUACAACAACCAGGGAUACGAGCAGUAUGGGCAGCAAAUGGUCGACAUGCAGGCUCAGGAGAUGCCUUAUCAGGACGUGCAGCUCCAGUAUCAUCAGGACCAGCACAAUGAGGGCCAGGAGUAUCAGCAGAUGCCUUUCCAGCAGUACGCGCAAGAGAAUGGAUAUCAUAUUCAUGGACAGGGCCACCACGACCAAGAUCUUCACCAGCAGCAUCAUCACCAUGUUCACCAGAACCACGCAUUCGAUCAGCCGCAGCAGGAGCAGCACCAUGAUGGCCACAACGAGGAUGCCCCUCUUCAGCAAGACAAUGCCCAGAACGACGCCGCCGCCGCUCCCAACCCGCUCGGACAGGACAAUAAUCCUCAACCCGCCGCCAACGUUCGAGCUCCUCGGGCCAGAAAUGGGAGACGUUCGCAUACCAGAACCAUUGCAGGUUCCCAGUUCAACGACGGAACGCCCGACCCUGACCCCGCGCACUAUGGCCUGGCAGAUGUCUCUCCGAGACCACCUUGCCGGGAGCUCCCGAGAAUGGUGAAUGGCGUCCAGAAGGUCGCGAUCGAAUGUAAUCGAUGCACCAAGAUCCUUUCGCGCAAGGAUGAGAUGCGCUGGCAUCUCCGCCGCGACCACUAUGGAAAGCAUUAUCCCGAGGGAUUCCAUAUCGAGAAGGGCCGCUAG